AUGGAAGUUUGUAAAGGUAAAGCUGGUUUUCUAAUUCCCGAUCUGACAUCUGCAACUGCCAUGUCUACAGCCUCUGGAGAUGGUAACGGUUCUAGUAGUGAUGGUGAUUCAGUUCCCAUGAAAAUCUCUAAUAAUAAUAAUCAUCAUCAUCACCACAACAACAAUAACAAAAAUGAUGAAAAUCAUUCAAAUGGUGGAAAUUCUUUACUAAAUUUAAGUAAAGCUCUUCCGAAACAUGAGGUGGAUUCAGAAUUAAAAUCUGUCAAAAUGUACAUGAAUAAAUCAUUACCUGAUAAUCCUUCUGUUCAAUCACCACUUUCGUUACAUUUGGAGAAUUCCGGAAUAACACGUGAAUAUUUGUUGAAUGCAUCGAAUCAUGUUCUACAACAACAUUCUCAUUCUCAUGAUCAUCAUCUGAAUUCACAGUUACAACGAAGUCCUCCUCCACCAUUUGAUCCUGUCCUUAAUCUUCCCUCAAUCAUAACUACCAAUUCGAAUGGAUCAUUUUAUUGUGGUUCAAUGAAUACCAAUUCUAAUAAUCAAAUUAGGUCAGGUAAACGUCCAGCACCUACAACACCAAAACGAUUAUCAACAAAUUCUACAGAUUUUCAUUUUGAUGAAGAUUGUGGCAGUAAUUCCGGUUCCGAUAUAGACGCUCAUGAGAAUUCAAGUUCCACAGAUGUAGAAGGUGUUUGGUCAAUGGAUAUAGAACAAUGUUUCCAAGAAGCUUUAGCAAUAUAUCCACCAUGUGGACGUAGAAAGAUUAUAUUAUCAGAAGAAGGAAAAAUGUAUGGGCGAAAUGAAUUAAUUGCUAGAUAUAUAUAUCAACACACUGGCAAAAUUCGAAGCAGAAAACAAGUUUCAAGUCACAUUCAAGUGUUAGCUCGUCGAAAAUCUAAAGAACUUCAAGCUCAGAUUAAGGAUCCCGAUACAAAACAACGAGCUAUAAUGCAUCUAUCCAUGCUUAGUUCAGCACAAAUUGUAUCUGCCGGAGUGCUGUGUUCCAAAACCUUACCAUCUGUUUCUACAUCCAGUGGGUUACCAGUGUCAUCAGCUGGGAUUCAUUCAUCAACAGAAGAUGAGAAAAUUAAUGAAAUUAAAUUGUCAAAUUCACACUCUAUGAAUUUGGCAAAUGGUCAAAAUGACAAUGUCACUGACAGAAGUCCUCGUAUUAAUGAUCAUUUACAUUCUAAUAAUAGAGAAUUACAGAAUAAGACCAAUGGUUUAUAUUUUGAAAAUCUACAUAAAUACCCUUCUUCAACAGUUGUUAAUAGUAAUGUUCAAAAUAAUGUUACAAUUACUAAUAAAAGUUUGACUAAAGGUAAAACUCAAGAAAACUGUUCAUAUUCCACAGUGACACAAGUUCCGAAAACAACCCAUGAUAAUCAUAUCAAUUUGAAUCUGUCUAGUCAAUCUACGCUUGCUCAUCUUCUUCCGAUUAAUUCAUCGUUAUCACCGUAUUCAUUUGAUAUGCGACAACCGGGGAGCAUGGUGAAUAAUAACAAUUCACCAUUAUCUUAUCCAUAUGAGGCUUUUUUAAAUUUACGAUCUCAACAACAAACAAAUUUGUCGAAUCGAAAUUUGGAUACGUUAGAUUUGCAUAACAAACAUCUAGAAUCUGAUGAAAACGAACAACAACAACAACAACAAGAAAUCGAUCAAAAACAACUAAAUUUCCCAUUAGUGUUAGAUAAUCUAAUGACAGUCACUUCGAAUGGUUAUGUAAACCAGUGCUCUUCCCCGUCAUCUUCAUCUGUAAUGAAUAAUGAUAAUCAUACACAAUCCACAUUACCAACAAAUAAUUCCUCUAUUUUAUUAUCGAAUUUACAACCUGAUGGAUUAGUUCUUGUUAAAACAUCAGUUGGUCAGUUAAUAUACUGUCCAUCUAAUCACUAUAAUAAUAAUAAUAAUAAUAAUAAUAAUAAUAAUAAUAAUAAUAAUAGUGGGAUUCCUCAAAAAAUGCGUAGUACUACUACAAGUAAUAAUACUGAUUCUUCCAUAUCCUCUACAAAUUGUUCCUCAAUCUCUUCAUUAUCCUCAGUACCGAGUUUUCCAUCGACUCUUUCAGUGUCGAAUUCGCUAGGCUCUUCAAUGACUUCAAUCGCAACACCAGCAUCAGCAGCCGUUGCAAUGGCAGCCGCACAUGUUGCUGCAGUUGCAGCCUAUGAACAACAAUGUACAGCAAUAACAUCUGUUUCAUGGCCAACAAAUUCAUUGCUAUCAACAUCGCAUCAUUCAUCUGCGCUGUCAGCUAAACCAAAUAUAAAUAUAUUUUCUCCGACAGUUGUAUCUAAGCAAAACCAAGCCUUAGUUGAACAAUUGAACCUUAACCAUGCUCACCGGAAUAACAAUAAUAAUUAUAGUGACCUAAAUACAAAUGCAUCAAAAACUACCAAUAAACAACUAAGUGAUGAUGGAACAAUGAAUAUUUUACGGGAAAUUUCUUAUUCUUCAAUGAAUCCAUUAAUACAUAGGAAUGAUUCUGUUUCAGAUUCCCCGAAAUAUUCUAGAAAAAUGAUUCUGGAGAAUACAGAAAGAACUUUACCACUGGCAAAUGUAAAUGUUGCCACUAUGGCUACCAGCACAACACCGGAAGAUUUAACAAAUAUCAACAUACCUAAAUGGAUGGGACGAUCAGUCACAGCACCUAAAAUGCGAUUGGUUGAGUUAAGUGCCUAUAUGAUAAGUUCAACGUCGAAAUCACAGUCCACAAUAACUCCAACACAUGAUUUUCAUUUAACUGCCACUCCUAACUCGAUGACAGCUGUACACAACUUUGUUCACAUUGGACCUAUUUUAAAUGAGCAAUUAUAUACUGAUACAAAUUUGGAGCAGGUAGAUGCUAGUCAAAUCUGGGAUAAAUUUCCUGAAGACAGUUUAAAGGAACUUAUGGAACAUGGACCUACGAAUACAUUCUUUCUGGUUAAAUUCUGGGCUGAUGUCAAUGUAAUGGUUGAACCGAAUGCCACAUUCGCUGUGUCAGCUAUUUUCGAAGGUACCGAAGAUGUUCCAAUUAAUUUAUCAACUAAAGUUUGUUCAUUCGGUAAAGAAGUAUUAGAAAAAAUCGAGGAUGAACAACCUAGACCGGAAAAUGGACGUUUUGUAUAUCGGUUUUUACGUAGUCCUAUGUGUGAUUAUAUGAAAAAAUUCAUUGGUAAACUGUUACAAUUGCCUCAACGAGAAUUAAUGAAUUCUGUUUUGGAGAAUUUCACCAUACUACAUGUCUUGACCAAUAAAUUAACAAAUGAAGUAUUAUUGUGUAUUGCAUAUGUAUUGGAAGUUGCACAAGAAGGUUGUAGGGCACAGCAUCAUAUCUAUCGGUUGACACGUUAUGGCUGAUUGCUAACUACACUGAACAACUCAAUGAACAAUGAUACAAAAGAAAAGAAAAGAAACUACGAACCGCUCGAAACAAUUCCUAACGUUAAAUUAUUCAAAUUAAUUUUAUUUCAGUACAUCAUCGAUGACAAAGAAGCAUGACUUACUGGCUGGCGAUCGAUCAUGAUCAAUUAAUUCAACGAUAAAGUUUUCUGUUUGGUGUGUAUGCAUAAUCUUUCUUGAAAGAUACUUUUAAUUAUUUCUGUGUAAACUAUGUAUGAAUUUAUUUAGAUACUACGAUGACAUUAUUCUUGUCUGUGUUGAGCCUUUUCUGUUGCAUAUAAAAACUUAGUCUUUCUAUCCAUGAGUAAUGAAUUUUGGUUUACUUUCUUAGCCUUGUGUGCUGGUGUUUUUUUGCACAAAAGCUAUCGCAUCUUUUAUUGUCUUUUUGAUCUAUCUAUCCGGUGAUGCUGAAAGGAUGAGUUUAACUUUAGAUCUACUAAAUACAUGUAUGAUUCGGUAUGUAUAGAUCGGAAAACCGAGCGAAAGCAUGCCUUAUAUAUAUAUAUUUUUUUUUUCAAAUGUUACUUUCACUGUUUUCUCUCUUUAUAUUGUACAAAUAAUACUGAUUGGUCUAUAAUUGAGCAUAAAUUUGUAGGUGAUUUUGAAAACAGUUAUAAAUCAAGCCUAAUUUAGAAAUUUGUAAUGGCGAUUAGCCGAAUUAGAAAUCAUACAUAGAUAAACAAAGUUUUUAUUGAAAACAUCUACUUAUUUUUAGUCACUCUUUACAUUAUUUCUCUUGAUGUACACAAUUCCGUAUAAAUAAACUUGAGUGUUGUACUCUCUCUCUGUGUGCCUAAAACCUGAUCUCUUCCCACCAAGGAGGAAUAGUUUGUUUGGAAUUUUAAUUGUAAUCGUUUAAUUGUUUUAUUUGUUUUUUUUAACUGUCAACUUAUCUACUCAUGUUUUCAAGUGUGAAAGAGAUCUAUCUAUCUACCAAUUAGCGUAAACUAUUAGGUCAUGUAAAAUUGGUUGGUAUUUGCUAGGAUUGUUACUCAUGAUGUUUGUCAUGUCUAUUCCAUAUGACAUAGUUAUUACAUUCAUUAAUUAUAAUCAUAAGGUUCGAUCAAAAUAUACAUUUUUACCAGUCCAGAAUGA